CUGUGUCAUAGAUAUGCCAGAGUAUAUACAUAUCCAUGUGAGAUAAUUUUCCUUACCAAGAUUUUCAAAACCCAAAAUCAAACUAGAUCAAAGCUUCAGCAAUCAGCAACCUAUCCCCGAUCUCUGAGAGAGACACAGACAAAGUCAGCUAGAUUUUCCUUUUUGUUUACUUAGGAUUUUGCUAAUUUGACUAAACAAACUACGUACUAAUAAUGGUAACAAGAAAUUGAAUCACAGCAGCCUCAGGCUCUCAUUAGCACAGUUGCAUUCAGGUCAAUAGUCGUAAACCAAUUAAAUAGACUAAACAAUGUACACUCAAACAAGCAUUACAUUAUAUAUACUUUACUACUUUGGGUGAUAAACUUCUAUAAGCUCUUCGUUUUCUUGCCUCAGCAAAUCCUUUGCAUUUUUCUUUAUCAUACAUACUCCUUUUCUACGAAUAUUUUGUCUCCAAACUUCAACAUAUUAGUAAUGGACAAAACUGCAUCAUCAUCAUCAUCCUUCAAAAUUCAACCUCCAUCACAUGGAAAUCUUGUUACAAUUCUUAGUAUUGAUGGAGGAGGUGUUAGAGGGAUCAUUCCUGGAGUCAUUCUUGCUUACCUCGAGUCUCAACUUCAGGAGCUAGAUGGCGAGGAAGUAAGGCUUGCCGAUUACUUUGAUGUAGUUGCUGGGACAAGUACAGGUGGUCUCAUUGCAGGCAUGUUGGUAGCACCAAAUGAAAAUAAUCGACCUUUAUAUGCUGGCAAAGAUAUAGUACCAUUUUACCUUGAUAACUGUCCCAAAAUCUUCCCGCAGGUAAGUGGAAUAUUUGCGUCAGUUGUGAAUCUAGUGAAAAUUUUAACGGGUCCCAAAUAUGAUGGAAAGUAUCUUCACAAGCUCAUAAGAAAAGAAUUAGGGGAUACGAAGUUUCACCAAACCUUGACAAAUCUAGUUGUUCCAACAUUUGACAUCAAGAAACUUCAGCCUACUAUUUUUUCCUCAUUUCAGUUGACAAACCAUCCAAUCUUAGACGCUGCAUUAUCAGACAUAUGUAUAGGCACCUCAGCAGCCCCAACUUAUUUUCCUGCCCACUAUUUUAGUAACCAAGAUACACAUGGAAGCGUGCGAGAUUUCAACCUUGUUGAUGGUGGUGUGGCUGCCAAUAAUCCGACACUGAUCGCCAUCAGUGAAGUGACCAAACAGAUUAUUAACAAGAACCCAGAUUUCUUGCCAAUUAAGCCGAUGGCCUAUGAUCAAUUGCUUGUGAUCUCAAUAGGGACGGGCUCAGACACGAGUGAACAAAAAUACAAUUCUAAAACUGCUUCAAAGUGGGGUGUGAUAUCUUGGUUAUAUGAAGAUGGAGAUAGUCCAUUGAUAGAUUGUUACAGUGAUUCAAGCAAGGAUAUGGUUGAUUACCACAAUAGUGUGAUUUUUCAAGCUCUUCAUUCUGAAAAUAACUACCUUCGAAUAGAUAUCGAUACGUUACACGGUAAUUUGUCUUCUGUUGAUGUAUCUACGAAGGAGAACUUGGGAAAUCUAGUGAAAGUGGGCGAACAGUUGCUAGAGAAUCCAGUUACUCGCCUAAAUUUGGAUACUGGUCGCUAUGAACCAGUUGAAAAUGGUGGAACCAAUGAGGCAGCACUAAAAAGGUUUGCAAAAUCACUUUCGGAUGAGAAGAAACUCCGAGAUUCAAAAUCACAAAGCAACAAAGGCGCAAAUUAGUGAUCUCCGUUUCUUUUAUGCUACAAAUGGGACGAAUAAAAGUUAUAAAUUGAUUUGUUGUUUACUUCAGUCAUAAACUGAUGGAUCAGAAUAAUUUGUAAUUUUUUAAUUGCUAAGCAAGAAUUACAGACAAUAAUAAUACUAGGAAUUUACAAUAA